GGGUUUUAUCACACGACUUCACCGUCUUUCAAGUCUCCAUUGCCUCCUCUCUCUCUCUCUCUCUCUCUCUCUCACAACCGUCUCUGAUUUGGCGAAAAACAAAAUGGGCAGAAAGAAGAAAUUCAUCGACAAGAAAAAAUCGGCGACCUUCCAAUUACUUGCCCGCGACUCGUCCGAUCCCAACUACGACGACUCACCCGGCAACGAUCGAGUCUUUGUCCGAGUAGACAACAGCAGCUACUCCGUCGACAGCUUAUUCCCCGAAGAUAACCCUGACCACCCCUCAGCUGCCGGCGGAUACGACGACGAUCCCAAUUCGAUAUACGCCGAUGCGCCUGAGGAUGGCGGCUGCAGCGGGGGCUAUGGCCAUGGUUACGGGAGCUCGGCAGCGUCGUUGGCAGCUCAGCCUUUGCCUGACAACGUAAGGAAGGAGAUUCUGGAGCUAGGGUUUCCCGACGACGGCUAUAAUUACUUGCUGCAUAUGAGGGAGAUUCGGAAUACUGGCGGCGGCUCUGCAUUUUAUCAGAAUUCCAAGGCUAAGCUCGGUGAUAUCCCGCGCGAUGAAAAGGCAUAUGAUGCUUCGAGAUUGCGCAUUUCGGAAACUGAGGCACCCAAUGAGAAGGUUAUUUACAGUGUUGCUUCUAAUACGGUUAAUGUAAGGGUUCAGAAAGUGGUUGAUCCAGAAGUAUCUGCAUUGCUUGAUGAUAGCGAUUUAUCGCGGUUUGGUUCUGAUGUUGAGGAUUUGGAAGAAGAUUUUGUGGUUCAGGCUAACCUUCCCGAAGAAGAGAAGGAGGAGGAGGAGGAUGGGGUUAUAGAUAAUACGCCAAGUUUUGUUGAGCAAUCUGAGAAUAAAAAUGUGACCAAUGAAGCAAAUGGAGUGAGAACAAAUAGCGUGGCAGAAGCAAAGGAUGACUCUACAGUUGAAAAGCCACGAGUUCAUCGUCUUUUGGACGAGCAAUUUGAUUUACUUGUAGGUCAGGAGUAUGGUAGUUAUGACAAUGAUGAUGACGAUGAUUACUAUGUACCUGAAGAAGAUGAGUCCCUUGCAGAGAAGCUCAAACAUGCCACCCUUAAUGAGCGUGUGAUGGAUGACUUAGAGCUCGAUGGAAAUUAUAAGGCUCCUGCAGAUAUGUUGCGGGAUAAUGAGACAGUAAAAACGAAAGAGCUAGUGGAAUCUGCUAAUGUGCUUAUUCGGCGUUGUGCAGAAUAUGGUGAGAAAUAUGAGAACGAAGAUCAAGAUGGAGACGUGGUCAUUGUAGAGGAAUCUAGCGAUGAAUCAGAAGUGUGGGAUUGUGAGACCAUUGUUACUACAUAUUCAAAUCUCGAUAACCACCCAGGGAAAAUCGAAGCUCCAGGAGCAACUAGAAGGAAGAAGCUUUCUGAAACGGUUUCCGGAGCCUUGGGUUCCACCGAUCAUGUGAUAACCCUUCGAGGUAAACAGAAGCUGCCUGUGGACUUCCUGCCUCAUAGUAAAAAACCUACAACUGAGAAGGUGAAAGAUACGGAUGCCUUGAAAAAUCAGCUGCUGAAAAGGAAGCAGCAUGGUCAGGAGUCAAAGGAGGAGAAGAAAGAGCGAAAGGCUGCUGUCAAGGAAGAAAGGCGGGAAGCACGCCGCACUAAAAAGGAAAUAAAGGAACUUUACAAGGGUGAAGCACAGCAUGCUCAGAGAGUAGUUGCCAUAUCUGGCCCUUCUUCUUUUCAUCUUAUGUGAUUGUACUGAUCGUUACACCUCCAGGUUAGACUAAAAAGAGAGUAGCGGAUUAUUGUCAAGACGGUGGUAUCCCAUGAGCUUCCACAUUUCAUAACACCACCAAUAUAUGCAGUAAUCUAGGACCAACCAUGUUAAAUGAGGUGCUGUAUUCUCCAUCCUCAUUGCCUUGAUUUUGAGAAGCGUAGAAUACAAGUUAAAUGACGAUGGGAUCGAGUAAAAUUUAUGUUCGGAAAGCUUGGUUUCUGAUGUUUUUGUUUGGUCAUAAUAGAUAGGACAUGCCUCGAGUUCUUUGUUAGCAUAUGUAAUGUAGCAAGAGGUGAAAGAUCUGCUACAAAAGCAUGGACAGUAAACUUUGUUUUUUCCAUAGUUUUCUAGUGUAUUUCUUUUGAUUUA